UUACUAGUUACUACUAGUAACCACCAGUGUGUGUGUGGAAGUCGCAUUGCUGUCAUUUGUUUAGGCUCAACUCAACAGUAGUUGGAUUGCGUAGCACCUCCACCAAUUUUCCUCCAUUCCUUGACAAACUCCUCCCCCUUUUUCUUUGUAAAUGUUGCUAGUAUAAAGUAGUACUAGUACUAAAUAGUUCCAACAAACUCCCCUUCUUCCUCAGGCUAUCCGCCAGCAGUAUUGUCCAACACUUGUGGUGGGGGGGGGGGGGGUCACCAAACUAAAAUAACUAAGAUUUUUUUUUUUUUUUUGUAUGCGUUGAAGAAAGAAGAAACUGAAGAAGGGCUUUCGAGAGGAGGAAUGGAAAAUAAUACCAACUCGGGAAUAACGGAGUCAACCGAAUAUGAAGACUUGUUGCCUGUGAUGGCGGAAAAGCUAGACGUGGAUACGUUUGUGGGGGAACUUUGUGGAGGGUUCGGGCUUCUGGCAGACACAACAAGCGGCCUGAUCACAUCGGCCAGCCUGCGCAACAACUGUGCCCUCCUGGGCAUGGAAGGACUGAGCAGAGAGGACGCAGAGGCUAUGGUGAAAGAAGGAGACCUGGAUGGAGAUGGAGCCCUCAAUCAGACAGAGUUCUGCAUCCUCAUGGUCAGACUUAGCCCGGGGAUGAUGCAAGAUGCUGAGGCCUGGCUUGACAAGGCAAUUGCUCAAGAGCUGGGACACGCCUCCGCUUAGUCUCCUGCAACUUCCAAACUACUCAAAUUCAUUUACUUGAUUAAUUUACCUACUACUGGCUACUGCUGCUUCCAUGUAUGUACUAUUUGCCUUGGCCUAUACUAUAUACGCCAUGAUGAUGAUGCACCUUAAUCAUUCACAACAGAAGCUUGUGUUGUUCAUGAUAAUUUAACAACUUUCUGAAUUUCUUCUAUUUAAAAA